GAAACGCUUACAAGUUACGACUUUAUAACUUACAACGAUUGUUGCACGACGAUCGACGACUGGAAAGUUUUAAUUUUCAGACUAGUUUCGUCGUUAUUCCUCGCACUACAUAAUAGUAAUACUAAUCAUUAAUUAUUGUUUGUCGUCUCAACGUAGUGCUAUCAGCUAUCGUGGAAACCAUACACCGGUACAUCGCGUCCAAUUUUCUACGGACUACGACGAGGCCUGAGCACCAUGAGCGAAUCGUUCUCCAACGGCUGUGAACAGGAAGCGUUGAAGUUCGCCAGUCACCUUUCGCCGACCAAGAUUGGAAUGCUCGCCCCGAGCCCGAUAGUGACGAGACGGACGAGGACCGAUUCAACGUCCGCUCUAGCUCUCAAGAAUCCACAGAUAUCUGGAAAGGUCAAAUACUUUUGCAAAUCUAAAGGACACGGCUUUAUCACUCCAGAUAAUGGUGAUCCAGACACGUUUGUACAUAUAUCAGAUAUUGAAGGAGAAUUUGUUCCGUUACCCGGCGAUACAGUACAUUAUCGCCUAUGCCCUAUUCCUCCAAAACUAGAAAAGUGCCAAGCUGUACAUGUGGAAAUUGUUAAUUUAACACCUCAAGUACAUUUAAAAUGGGAUUCACCAGAAAACAAUUAAAUACAUCAUGAUAUUAUAGUGAUAGUUUGUACACAAAUGUCCAUUAAUGUAUGAUAUUUUGCAAAUACCUAAAUCUUCAUCAAAACUGGUACAUUCCAAUUGUCCAUGCUCUAUAAUAUAACGAAGAGACUUUAUCAGUUGUACUGAUAUUUUUUUUUGAUUUUAGCUAAGUGCCAAAAUAAAAUAAUCUAUCUAAUUACACAUAUUAUACAUAAUUUAAUAAGAUAUUUUUGCUUCUAUAGUUCGAUAUUAUCAUAUCAAUCUAGAUUAAAUAAUUCUUCGCUAUACAUGUAAUGUCAAAUUUGUAAUGACAAACGUUUAAUAAAUAAAUUAUUAAAAAACAACUUACCCACUUUCAUAGUAAUUAUUUUUAAUUAAAUUAUUUUGUAUGUAAGUAUUUAAAUCCAUUGCUACUUAACAUCAAAAAUUCAUAUAGGUACUUAAAAUUUAUUUUAUCUCUGUAACUUUGUAUAAAACCAUUAGUUUUUUUGACAGAAAAUUAUUUCAAUUGUAAACAUUUAUCUAAAGCAAUGCAGCAAAAUCAAAUUACAAUCAAAUUCAUUUCUGCUCUGUGGAUUUAAUGCAACGACGAAAUUGCUAUGCAAUGAAAAAUUCCUAAAAUAGUUAAUAUAGUUAAUAAGUAAUACACACAAUUUUUACUAUAUGUAUGCUCUUAAUAAAAAAAAAAUAACAGUAUAUAGCAGUGGUUUUCAACCUUUGUGUAUUGGCAACCCGAGAUAUUUACCUAACUUUCAAUCCUUUUUGAAAAUAAUGCUCAAUAGUUACCCACCAUCUUAAUUUUUUCAAUUA